AUGGCGUUUGAGGAGCUCCCUUACGAGCUUCUACUACAAAUCCUCUCUUACCUCCCGGACCUCACAACCCUCGACAGCCUGCUGCGGGCCUCGCCCGUCGCGUACCGGCUCUUCGACGAUGGCGCCAAUGCCGUGGACGUCUUCGAGAGCGUCCUCUCCGACGGCUGCGUCUGCGACCACGUGCAGGUGCUGAUGCGGCAGGUCGCCCUGCUCCGGGCCGGCGCGCGGCCCUUCCCCCCCGGCUACACCGAGUACGCGCCCUGGCCCGUCGCGCCCGGCCUCGCCUCCUUCCGGCGCCAGGUCAUCGAGGAGUCGCUGCGGCACAGCUCGCGUCGCACGCCCUCGCCCGCCGGCUUCGCCCCGCGCCGCCUCGACCGCGACACCGCGCCCUGCGUCGUCCGCGGCGUCCUGGUCACCGGCCGCCGGCUGGCCGCGGCCUCGCUCGACUGCAUCGACUACUACUUGCACGAGCUGGCGGCGCACGUCGGAGGCGCGGCGGCAGGGAGCGACACGGCGCCGACGUGGAGCGAGGAGCAGCGGUGCGUGCGCACGCUGUGGCGGCUGCAGCUCAUCUUCGACGUCAAGAGGGCGGCGCGCCGCGGCACGCUCGGCUGGUCGCGCAAGGACCUCAAGAGCCUCGAGGGCGUGGCGGCCGUCGGCGCCACCGAGGACGACUGGUGGCUCGGGCUGCAGGUCAGCCGCUUCAGCCAGCACUGGCCUGCCGCCGGCGCGAGCGGAGGGGAGCGCUUCUUUUACCACGCGGCCGCGCACCACGACUGCUACUACCCGGACGUGCCGCACCCGGAGAAGCACGAGCACGCGACGGUGAUGGAGUACAUUCGGCGGCGGUGCGGGCAGGACCUCGCGACGCGCGUGAACCAGGGCCUCGCGUGCCCGUCGACGGUGGCGGGAGAUGGGGAGGUGAGGAGGACGGGGGAGGCGCCCGGGCCGGCGCUGGGGGACCGCAGGAAGCUCAUCUUCGCGUCGGCGGCGAUGCAGUACUACGAGAGCGUGCGGCCGGUGGCGGGGACGGGCGUGGCGUGCGCGGAGCACGGCGGCGGCGCGCAGGGGCUGGACAUUGCGACGCUGCGGCAGGCGGGCUUCGCGCUGUGGUCGAAUCAGCGGCUGAAGGCGCUGACGAACCUGUCCGACCUGCCGCGGUUUCUGAACCAGACGAGGACGCUCGCCUAG